ACUCUACACUCAAGACUGCUCCUCUCUGCAUGCUGAAACAGAUUGGAGCCAUGGCUUUGGAACACAACCAGUCAACAGAUUACUAUUAUGAGGAAAAUGAAGUGAAUGGCACUCAUGACUAUAGUCAGUAUGAAGUGAUCUGUAUAAAAGAGGAAGUCAGAAAAUUUGCAAAAGUUUUCUUGCCUGCCUUCUUCACAAUAGCUUUCGUCAUUGGAAUUGCAGGCAAUUCCAUAGUAGUGGCAAUUUAUGCCUAUUACAAGAAGCAGAGAACCAAAACGGAUGUGUACAUCCUGAACUUGGCAGUGGCAGAUUUACUCCUUCUAUUCACUCUGCCUUUUUGGGCAGUUAAUGCAGUUCAUGGAUGGGUUUUAGGGAGAAUCAUGUGCAAAGUCACUUCAGCCUUGUACACAGUCAACUUUGUCUCUGGAAUGCAGUUUCUGGCUUGUAUCAGCAUAGACAGAUACUGGGCAGUAACUAAAGCCCCAGGUCAAACAGGAGUGGGGAAACCAUGCUGGCUUAUGUGUUUCUGUGUCUGGACGGCUGCCAUCUUGCUGAGUAUACCUCAGCUGGUUUUUUAUACAGUAAAUCACAAGGCUAGGUGCAUUCCCAUCUUUCCAUAUCACCUAGGAACCUCAGUGAAAGCAUCAAUUCAAAUGCUGGAAAUCUGCAUCGGAUUUGUAAUACCCUUUCUUAUUAUGGGAGUGUGCUACUUUGUCACAGCAAGGACACUCAUCAGGAUGCCCAACAUUAAAAAAUCUCGACCCCUCAAAGUUCUGCUCACAGUGGUUAUAGUUUUCAUUGUCACUCAGCUGCCUUAUAACAUUGUCAGGUUCUGCCAAGUCAUAGACAUCAUCUACUCCCUGAUCACCGACUGUGACAUGAGCAAACGCAUGGAUGUUGCCGUCCAAAUCACGGAGAGCAUUGCACUCUUUCACAGCUGCCUCAACCCAAUCCUGUAUGUUUUCAUGGGAGCCUCUUUUAAAAACUACAUUAUGAAAGUUGCUAAGAAAUACGGGUCCUGGAGAAGACAAAGACAAAACGUGGAGGAGAUUCCUUUUGAUUCAGAAGAUCCUACAGAGCCAACCAGUACUUUUAGCAUUUAAAUGCAACACUGCUGUCUCUUGCUUCGAUACACAUGAAUGCUGCUUCUCCUUCAGAUAAAACAUCUGCUUUAUUCUGAAACUUAAAUCUCAAACACCGUGGUGCCAACUUACAGCAAUCAAGAGGUGGGGGGAGGAUGGGAAGAAUAUAGCAACGGAGGAGGAAACGAAAUAAUAAAUGCACAAAACAUGAACUUAAAAUUAACAAUAUUGGAAAAUAGUAUUAACAGACAUAAAUAAUAAAAACAGUAUGCUAUGAAUUAGGCCAUCUGAAACAGAUUAAUAAAAAGGCUUAUAUUAAGGGGCAUUUCUAAUUAUUUUAAAUGAUCUAAAGUCUAAUGUAAGAAUGAUUUCACUGCAUAAUUUCAGUACUUGAAUAACUAUACAGCAAAAUUUAAUCCUUUUUUCCUAUUUCUUAGUUUGUGAUUUCCUAAGACCCCAAAGAAUAACAAUUUAACAAUUAAAAAAUUACAUAAAAAGCUUUACUGGCCCUUUUAAUAC